AAUGAUUUACAAUCAACUAAAACGUGAAUAGUAUUAGCUAAAGUCAAAAUACUGUUGAAGAAGUUGGAAAAUUUAAUGAUUGUUAUUGCUUUUAAAUCGUCUAGUAAUAUUAUACAUUUAAAACAUGCCGUUCAUGAAAGGUGCUGCUCCGAUACGGAGAACUAUACAAUAUUUGGAAGCUGGUAAGAUAGUGUUUAAAGACAGAAUUAAAAUCGUAUCAAUUCACUACAACACAUUGGGUGAAAACCAUCGUGGCACUCGAGAAUUUGUAUUUUGGCACCUCCCUCAAAUUCAAUUUAAAAAUCCAGACGUCCAAGUACUGACUCUUAAAAACAUGACACCGACACCAUUCAUAAGAUGUUUCAUGAAUAAUGGUAAAGAUGUGUUGAUUGAUGUUGAUAAUCGUGACAAAGAUCGAAUCCAUGAUCAUGUCUUAGAAGUUCUUGGAAAACCAAAAGAAACACUCCAAAUGGAAGCCAUGGCCAAAGAAAAAAAAGAUAAUAUGGCCAAUUUUGGAUACAUGUGUGAAAAACAUUGUAUGUGUGAAAUUUUUGGUCAAGUUCCGUGUCCAGCUGUUGUACCAUUGCCUAAAUCUUGGAGAGGCAAAUACAAAAAUGAGGAAUCGUAAUAUUUAACACUUGGUUUUAUGUAAAUAUUUUUUUUUUCGAUUUAUUAAUGUUUAGUCACAAUAAAAUGGAGUUUUCUCAUAAA